ACCGGUCUGAAACGAACUUGCCGAGUGGAGCGUGAUGCUUUCGCCAUCUAUGUUAUGUUAGGUGCACUAACUACUGCUAAUUCCGAAACAAGCGUCCUGCCAGGCGGGAGAAAGCGAUCGGCGGCACUUUACGUUUACGAUGGCAAGUAACGGGAACAAAUUGAGGGUCGUGGAGAUUUUUACGCAGGGCAAGAGUUUCCGGCAUGAACUGACUGCGGAGGAGUUCGAAGAGGUCACGAAAGAUCCAAGCAAGCUUGCAUCACUGGCAAUAGCACUGUGUGCUCGUCGCAAAAGUGCGGGAAAUGACGAAAAUGUAGCAAGCUGCAAUCUCCCACCAAAGGCUGCAGAAGGUGGUGCUGAGAACUCAACCGUGAGGGAGUGGGGAGAGGGCGAGACACGGCUGCUGCUGGACCAGUACAAACAGUACUUACCGCAUGUGGGCCCUAUGAAACGUUUUGCAAGGAAGAAGAACAUCUGGGCACAGAUAUCAAGCGACAUACACACCCAGCUAGGAUCUGUAAAGACAGAGCUGCAAUGUGAAAAUCGGUACAAAACUCUUCUCAAAAGGCGCGGUGGAGCAGUGAAGCACAACAACACAUCUGGUUCUGACCCUGUGCCUGUUCCAUUCAAAGAUGAACUUUCUCAGAUCAGGAGUAUAGAUGACAGCAUUUCACCUGAGGUUCUGAGAGGUGUUGGUAGGGUUGAGCAAAAGCCCAUUGCCACCCCUGGUCCCUCAUGUGCACAGAAUUUGCAAGGCAGUGGGCCCCCCCUGUUAAGAAGCGUCGAGAGAGCUCGCCUGUGGCAGAGGUGCUGUGGCGCAUCCACGAGGAGAAAGAGAAGCAGCGACAGCAAAGACACAAGGAGGAGAUGGACAUCCUCAUGGCUCUUUUGCACGGUUCGCAGCAGCAAGUCGCUGCUACUGACUUUGAUGAUUGUUAAAUUUAUUUUGGUCUUCAACGUAACCUCAAUCUAUGUAAGCAGAAGUAUAUAUCAUCUCGAGGAAACAUUAAAAAAAAACAUUUGUCAUUUCGUGUUUGUUGAAUAA